GGAGGACUGGAGGGAAGGGGGGUUGCCGUCAGCUGAUGGGCCACGUUUUGACGUCGGAGUCAUUCUCCUCUUUGACAAAGCCCCGCCGCCGGCUCGGACUUGCGCUCGUCGCCGCUCCCAGCCCUGCACCGCCGGGCGCGGAGCCGCAGCUACGCUAGGGAGCGCGGCUCAGGCGCCCGGGGCGGGCUCCCCCAGGCGGGGCGGCCAGCAGGGCUCGCUCGCGGAGGGGCCGGGGCUGUUCUCCCGUCCCCGGCGCCGAGCCCGCGGGCACGCUCCCUCCCGCCGGCGCCAUGGCCGCGCCUCCCCCCAAACUUUGCCUCGGGCCGGGCACGGAGGCGCAGCCGGCGCCCAGCCCGCCGCCGCCGCCCGCGCCCUGAGUCCCGCGGCCGCUCUCCGCCGCGCCCUUCCCAGGCGGCGGCCGGCAUGGACGGGCCCCUGAACCUCUCCGCCACCCCGUGGGCAGCAGCGGCCAACCGGAGCGGCGGCGGCGGCCCCCCGGCGGCCCUGGCCGGCCGCGCCCCGCUGUCGGUGUUCGGCGUGCUGCUGCUCACCCUGCUGGCGCUGCUGGCCGCCGCCACCUUCCUGUGGAACGUGCUGGUGCUGGCCACCAUCCUGCGGGUGCGCGCCUUCCACCGCGUGCCCCACAACCUGGUGGCCUCCCUGGCCGCCUCCGACGUGAUGGUGGCGGCCCUGGUCAUGCCCCUCAGCCUGGUGCACGAGCUGGCCGGGCGGCGCUGGCGGCUGGGCCGGCGGCUGUGCCAGGUGUGGAUCGCCUUCGACGUGCUGUGCUGCACGGCCAGCAUCUGGAACGUGACGGCCAUCGCCCUGGACCGCUACUGGUCCCUCAGCCGCCACCUGGAGUACACCCUGCGUGCCCGCCGCUGCAUCUCCAACGCCAUGAUCGCCCUCACCUGGGCCCUCUCCGCCGUCAUCGCCCUGGCCCCGCUGCUCUUCGGCUGGGGCGAGACCUACUCCGAGGGCAGCCAGGAGUGCCAGGUCAGCAAGGAGCCUUCCUACACCGUCUUCUCCACCUUCGGCGCCUUCUACCUGCCGCUCUGCGUCGUCCUCUUCGUCUACUGGAAGAUCUACAAGGCGGCCAAGUUUCGCAUCGGAUCCCGGAAGAGCAACUCCAUCACCCCCAUCGCCCCCGAAGGGCUAGAGGUGAAGGAGGCCUCCCAACAAUCCCAAAUGGUCUUCACGGUCCGUCACGCCACUGUUACCUUCCAGACCGAUGGAGAUACGUGGAGAGAGCAAAAGGAGAAGAAAGCUGUCCUCAUGGUGGGCAUCCUUAUUGGGGUCUUUGUACUAUGCUGGAUCCCCUUCUUCAUCACUGAACUCAUCAACCCUCUCUGCUCCUGUGACAUCCCACCAAUUUGGAAAAGUAUUUUUCUAUGGCUCGGCUAUUCUAAUUCCUUUUUUAAUCCAUUGAUCUAUACAGCUUUCAACAAAAACUACAACAAUGCCUUCAGGAACCUGUUUUCCAGACAGCACUGAGCAGCAAGCAGGAAAUAGGAGGAAACCCCCUCUUCUCCAGCAACCCCUCUAAAGAUCCAUCACCUUCCCUACUUAGCAUAUCCUAUAUCAGGGGUUCUCAAACUGGGGGUCGGAACCCCUCGGGGUUGCAAAGUUAUUACAUGGGGGGUUGGGAGCUGUCAGCCUCCACCCCAAACCUCGCUUUGCAUCCAGCAUUUAUAAUGGUGUUUAAAGAUAUAAAAAAGUGCUUUUAAUUUAUAAGGUGGGGGUAGCACUCAGAGGCUAGCUAUAUGAAAGGGGUCACCAGUACAAGAGAUUAAGAACCACUGUCCUAAACAGACUGGGGAACACUGAAAGAAACUCUCCACUACAGAGAUCACCAUAAGGAUUCACUGAGCUCAUAAAAGAUUGCUUCUGAAAUUCAGCAGCCCUCAGAGACUCUGCCCACACUUCCUUUCCCACCCUUAGAAUCAUAGAAUCUCUUGGUUGGAAAGGACCUCAGGAGGUCAUCUAGUCCAACCCCUUGCUCAAAGCAGGACCAAUCCCCAACUAAAUCAUCCCAGCCAGGGCUUUGUCAAAACUUCCAAAAAAAAAAAAAAAAAAAAACCCUUCAAGCCAGUUGUCUUGUAAACAGCAAACAAGGGUUUGCUGAGUCUCCAGCCGGGUCCUUUUCCAGCAUAUGUUUGACUUUACCCUCUCUUCAGUGAUGUCACUCAGGGGCAGUUUGGCUGCAAGAGCAGGGCAGAGGAGUCCAUGUGUAACAAAAGGGUUUUUGCAAAAAGAAAAGGAGUACUUGUGGCACCUUAGACUAACCAAUUUAUUUGAGCAUAAGCUUUCGUGAGCUGCAGCUCACUUCAUCACAUCUGAAGUGAGCUGUAGCUCACGAAGCUUAUGCUCAAAUAAAUUUGGUUAGUCUCUAAGGUGCCACAAGUACUCCUUUUCUUUUUGUGAAUACAGACUAACAUGGCUGUUACUCUGAAAAGGGUUUUUGAAGCCCAGUGCCUGCUUAGCUGCUUUUUGCAUUUCAGAACCCUUAAUUUGCAUAUUCCCAUAUGCAAAGCCAGACCCCUUUAGCAGUAGGGUUUCUCAUGAUUGUGUGAAACAUGCAUCUGAAGAAGUGGGGUUUUUACCCACAAAAGCUUAUGCCCAAAUAAAUCUGUUAGUCUUUCCACCAGACUCCUCAUUGUUUUUGUGUGAAACCAGCUAUUUUACUGAAAAAGCUAUUUUUUCAGAGGUGAAGAAUGGAAUCUGUGUUGCAAACAGAGAUUCAUUUUAACUCUAAAAAUGAAUCUUAUUCCCCAAAUAUAACCACUAGAUAAAGAUAUGAGAAAAGGCUUCUGCAUUAUGGAUCUAUUAACAGUGGGAUAUUUACUAUUGGAUUCAGUGUAGCAAGUUUUUCUGUAUUUACUUGUUGUGGAAGCUUAAUUUGUUAUGUGCAAUAGAGUGAGAGGAAAGGGGUGCAUCAUUGAAAACAUCUUUCAUAUGCCUGCUUUAGUUAUGAAAUACACAGGUGUUCCUUGACUGUGAAUGUUUAAUAUCUGUGUUAAACAAAGGAAGUUACUCUAAUUCAUGAAUGUAUUUUAAUCAACUUUGGGGCAAAUUUCUUAAAAUAUAUUUCAAAAUGCA